AAAGGAGAUCAUCUAUCAUCCUGGCUCGCUCGACCCGGCCGCCAAUCAGUCGCGCUUGCCAAACGCCAGCGAAGCGCGCACGAUCCGACCCAACCCAAUCCACGGGCAGAGCGCCAGCCAUUUUGUUUAUAAAAGACGACGUCUCCCCCGCUUCGCCGUCACGGACGCAGCCAAAAACUCUGCUCCGCUCCGGCCACCUCCCUCUUCUUCGACUGAGUAAACACGAGCAGCCGAGCACGCGACCCGACAACGCUCGCGCGGAGGCCGAAAUGCCCGCUGCUGCUCCUCUUCCCAGUACGUAGCAGCGGAACAUCGUCGUGGGUCGUCCGCCGUUGCCAUCGUGUGACGGCGUGAAGGGAUCGGAUCGAAGGAGGCCGCAAGCCAAGCAAGGAUCAAGAAAUGGCGUCGCGCGGCCACCUGCUGCUACUAGCGCUGCUCGUGCUGGCCGCGGCGGCAGCGGCAGCGUCGGGCGGCGGGCGACAGCACCAGCAGCGGCAGCGCGGCGGGAGGAAGCCGAAGCCGGCGCGGCCGCGGCUGGACCUCGUCCCCGCCGCGCCGGGCGCGUCCCUGGGCGAGCGCGCGAGGGACGACGCGCGCCGCCACGCGUACAUCCGGUCGCAGCUGGCGUCCCGCCGGCGCCGCGCCGCCGACGUGGGCGCGUCCGCCUUCGCCAUGCCGCUCUCGUCGGGGGCCUACACCGGCACGGGCCAGUACUUCGUGCGCUUCCGCGUGGGCACCCCCGCGCAGCCGUUCGUGCUGGUGGCGGACACCGGCAGCGACCUCACCUGGGUCAAGUGCCGCGGCGCUGCUGGACCACCGGCUUCGGACCCGCCGGCGCGCGAGUUCCGCGCCUCCGAGUCCAGGUCGUGGGCGCCCCUCGCGUGCUCCUCCGACACCUGCACCUCCUACGUGCCCUUCUCUCUCGCCAACUGCUCGUCGCCGGCUAGUCCCUGCGCCUACGACUACCGGUACAAGGACGGCUCCGCGGCGCGCGGCGUGGUGGGCACCGACGCGGCCACCAUCGCGCUGUCGGGGAGCGGGAGCGAGGACGGCAGCGGCGGCGGCGGCAGGCGCGCGAAGCUGCAGGGCGUGGUUCUGGGCUGCACCGCCACGUACGACGGGCAGAGCUUCCAGUCCUCGGACGGGGUGCUGAGCCUGGGCAACAGCAACAUCUCGUUCGCGUCCCGCGCCGCCGCGCGCUUCGGGGGCCGCUUCUCCUACUGCCUCGUGGACCACCUGGCCCCGCGCAACGCCAGCAGCUACCUCACCUUCGGCCCGGGGCCCGAGGGCGGCGGCGCCCCCGCCGCGCGGACGCCGCUGGUGCUCGACCGCCGGGUGAGCCCGUUCUACGCCGUGGCGGUGGACGCCGUGUACGUGGCCGGCGAGGCGCUCGACAUCCCCGCGGACGUGUGGGACGUGGGCCGGGGCGGCGGCGCGAUCCUCGACUCCGGGACCAGCCUCACCGUCCUCGCCACCCCGGCGUACCGGGCCGUGGUCGCCGCGCUCGGCGGGCGCCUCGCCGCGCUGCCCAGGGUCGCCAUGGACCCGUUCGAGUACUGCUACAACUGGACCGCCGGCGCGCCGGAGAUCCCCAAGCUGGAGGUAAGCUUCGCCGGGUCGGCGCGGCUGGAGCCCCCCGCCAAGAGCUACGUCAUCGACGCGGCGCCAGGGGUGAAGUGCAUCGGCGUGCAGGAGGGCGCGUGGCCAGGGGUGUCGGUCAUCGGCAACAUCCUGCAGCAGGAGCACCUCUGGGAGUUCGACCUCAGGGACCGCUGGCUCCGGUUCAAGCACACGCGCUGCGCCCUAUGAUGAUUUGCUGACGGACGCCGCGAAUGCAUGAUUGAUUCCUCUAUCGCAUCGCAUUGAUAAAAUUUGUGACGAGGUUUUUUUCUGAAUGAAAUGAAAAGAUGAUUCUUAGCGCAA